GGUGAAAGUGGAGCAGAGGAAAAGGAGAGGAAACUUUCCGCAGAAUGCUGUCCCUGUCCUCGCAGACCUUACGCUGGGCUGUCAGCAGAAGCUUCGGGAUCAGAGGGAGGGAAGCUGCAGAGGAUGACAGCUCGUGCAGAGGGACGUAGCUCACCUGCGGAGCAGAACCGCGUUUAUACAGUGUAAACAGAGCGGAACCGAAUUCCCAAUUUUAAUGCCCGGGCUUUUCCUCACCAGUGAUGAGUUGGCUCCUGUUGUGGAUUCUGAUAGCAGCUGGGAUUCAACAGGCCUACUCCCUGAAUUCCACUGCCAUGCCUCCCGCCACGGCCCUCGCCUCUCCGACUCCAGACCCGUACAACGUGACGCGCUACUGCAAGUGGCCCUGCGAGUGUCCCGAGGUGGCGCCCAAGUGCCCCCCUGGCGUCAGCCUCCUCAUGGACGGCUGCGACUGCUGCAAGGCCUGCGCCAGGCAGGUCGGGGAGGAGUGCAACGAGGCCGACACCUGCGACUUCCACAAGGGGCUGUACUGCGACUACAGCUCGGACAAGCCUAGGUACGAAAAAGGAGUGUGCGCAUAUAUGACGGGAACGGGCUGUGAAUAUGACGGCGUGCUCUACCGUAACGGUCAGAGCUUCAAGCCCAGCUGUAAAUACCAGUGUUUGUGCGUGAACGGCGCCAUCGGUUGUGUGUCCCUGUGCUCAGAGUCCCAGCCUCCCAGGGUUUGGUGCCAAAGUCCGCGGAGAGUCAAAGUCCGGGGGCAGUGCUGUGAGCAAUGGAUCUGUGACGAGCCAAAGAAAGGACGCAAGACAGCGCCGCGGCACGCCGUGGAGGUUUUUCCAACUGAGAGCUGGCACAAGAACUGCAUCACUCAGACCACCUCAUGGAGCCCCUGCUCCAAGACCUGCGGCCGCGGCCUGUCGUUGAGGAUCUCCAACGCCAACGACCAAUGUGAGCUCGUCCAAGAGUCCCGUCUCUGCAAUCUGAGGCCGUGUGAAGUAGACAUCACCAAGCACAUCAAGCCAGGAAAGAAGUGCCUGAAUGUCUACAGGGAGGAUCAGCCCUCGCACCUCACCAUUUCUGGCUGCACCAGCAAGAAGUGGUACCGACCAAAGUACUGUGGCGUUUGCACCGACGAGCGCUGCUGCAUCCCGUACAAGUCGAAGACCGUCGACGUGGAGUUUGAGUGUCCGAACGGGACCGGGUUCACUUGGAAGAUGAUGUGGAUCCAGGCGUGCUUCUGCAACCUUAGCUGCAGGAAUCCCAAUGACAUCUUUGCAGAGCUGGAGAGCUACCAUGGUUACCCGGAAGUCGUGAACUAAAAUGCUGCAAUUUGGCAAAGAACACUUCUUUUGUUUUGUUUUUGUUUUUUUGUUUCCUAAAAGAUAUUUUGAGUUUUUAAAUGUGCAAUCUAUAUUUUUUCUUUUGAAAAAAAUUGUAAAUAUGAAAUGUGUCUCCAACACAGAUUCGUGUAGUAAAAAUAUUUGAAGAGGUAAAGCAAUAAAAGCCUAUAUUUAAAGUUUAAUUUAUUUAUGUAGAGUUUCUGAUUAACGCUGCGCAUCUACAUCGGCUUGCUCCCUAAUCAAGCAUCUUCUCAGCCUCAUACACACGUUUUCCUCUUUUCAUUUUUCGCCCGUUUCUUUGCAAACAAAAAGUAGACAAUAUUUUCCGCCUUUGCAAAAGCAAAGUAUUAAACCAAUGGUUUUAUUUGGACAUUCUGUCCAAAUAAAACCAUAAAGUUCAUUGUAUUCCACCGGGAAUUUACACUUAAGCUAGAAACUGUGAAGUGAAAAGACUUUUUUUUUUUUUUUUAACUCAUAUGAAAAUGUGGUGUGCAUUUGUAUUCAGCCCCCCAAAAUCUCUACAUUUUUUGAAGUUUUAUAUGUUUUGGAGAGUAUGCCUACCAACCGUUCAAAUCUCAGAUUUGAAAAAUACUUCAACCUCAGUCUGGUUGGACAACAUUUAUGAACAUCAAUUUUAAAAGGUCAUAGAGUCUCAGCCAGACUUCGGUCUUUGACUGGAUCUUUCUAAAACAUUAAUGGGCUUUGAUCUAGCCGACUGCCCCACCUUUUCAACUCCCACUUAAGCUGUGGCUCUGGUGACUGUUUUAUAGCCUAACCGUGCGUUAAACAGCUCUGCAACUUUAUCCGUCUGGUGUAAUCCUUGGUUUUCAUGAAGCCAUUUGUUCAUUUUUCUCAAAUGAAGCUAUGUGCAUCACAAUAACUUCACUGAACUUUAAGUUCUUUAGGAAAGUUCAGCGGCUGCAGAAGGCACCGUUGACAUUUUUCCUGCAUUUUAUCAUUGUCCUUACAAGUACAGAAAGUAAAUCAAUGUUAUAGUUACAUUUUGAAAUAUGCAAUAAUGCAACAAAAGGGAAUCUGUUACAAGUUUUUUUAUUGUCAUUUUUUAAUAAAUACAAACUGUUAUAUCAUUUUUAAUGCUAUUUGUUUGUUUUUUUCCCCCCCGACAGCAAAAGAGAUGGUUUGUGCAUUGCAUCUUUACAAAGCUGCAUUUAUGUCAUCUGCAAAGUAAUAUGUUGCUGUAGUGCAAGUAAAAUACAGGAAAUGGUAUCGGGUAAGUUCUAUGGCUAUCCUCAUGUUAACAUGUGGACCUCUCCGUCUGCACUCACCCAACAAAUCCAAAACCCACAGAGGAGCAUCACAUCUCAAAAGCGAACAAUUUCAUGGCACUUUUUUUUUUUGUUUUUUUUUGUUUUUUUUCCUUUGUGCUUGAUUGCAUAGAAAUCGGCAUACAUAUAGCUUGGGAGAGAGGGGGAAAAAAA